GUUGCAACGUUUGCGAACAAUACGAGUAUGAGGAGAAACGCAAAAGUUGUUGCUUUUGUAGCGAUGUCUGUAUUCGUGAUCCAGUGUCUUAUUAAUAAAACGUUUCCAAAACAAAACGAGUCUUGCACGAAGCAGAAAACUGAAAUAAAUGCCGUCGUAUCAGUUAAGCUUCCUACAGCAACACAUAUAAAGAGGGCGAAAUAUGCUCGGGAAAUCAGAGAAGAGUUACAGAACCUGUGGUACGCAACUGAAUUCGAGUUUGAAAGAGUUUUAACAUCGAACGAUCGCAAGAGAUCUAUUGUCCAGACUGAGAAAGACCUGCUUCAUAGGAUUUGGGCAUUGGAAAUUCAAGUCGAAAACGUUCAAUCGUUGGACAUAACGUGGCAAGUUGAUGUAGCAAAUAAAACAACCAAUAUAGUUUCGGAUUUGAUUGACAGCCACCAGAACCCAAAUAAAUGCAACGAACGUGGGCAGUUGUUCGGCCACCCUGAGCGUUGCGGUUACGGAUGCAUGGUACAUAACAUGCUGCACCAAUUCUUCAUGGCGCUUUCCAAUAACAAGACUUGGUUCACUUACCCUGUCGGUUGUGUUUAUUUGAAUGGCAAACUAACAUUGAAGAACUUUUUCCAACCGUUGAGUAAAAACUGCUCGUUAAGACCCGGUGAUUGGAAGGAAGUAACAUCACACAAAGAUUUAAAGGAAAACGAGCUAUCGUAUCUCUUAAGUGAGCACAUGGCUGUUGCGGGGCCUCACCGUUAUUCAGCGUUCACCGACGACCUGUGGAAUUCAAUUGAACUUUUCCAUGGAAAACCUCGAGCAUGGUUGGCCGGGCAACUCGUCCGCUACAUUACCAGACCAACGCAACAAUUGAAUGAGGGGUUCAAUAACUUGGUGGAAAAAGUCGACUUUACAAGACCACUUGUUGGAUUACACGUACGAAGAUCUGACAAGCUCACCUCAGAGGAUGAACACGCGGACUUCCAUCUUUUCAGUCAAUACAUGAAACACGUGGAUGAAUGGUAUGACAAAUAUGAGAUGAGACAAAUUAUUGACGGUUCGAUAAACAAAGUCAAGCGAAGAGUUUACCUUGCGACAGAUGAUCCAGGAAUCUGGAACGAAACGCUCAAUUACAAAGAAUACGAGUUUAUUGGUCAGCGCAAGUUUACAGAACGUGAAAGUGAUGAAAAAACGAGAGAUACACCGUAUGGAUUGGUUCAGAUUGCAAACGAAAUCAACAUUCUAUCGAUGUGCGACUUCAUCGUUUGUACUUUAUCAUCAGAGGUUGGAACCCUUGCAUACGAGUAUAUGCAAACUUUAAACUUGAAUGCUGCGGAUAGAGUGCUUUCAUUGGAUGCGGAAUACGGCGUUGCUGGUUUUCCAGUUGAUCUACACCGAGUCGUAUACAGCCAUAAUGUGGAGGGGGAACUUUCCUUGGAACCUGGGAUGUUGGUAACCGGCUAUCAGCAGUGGAACGGUUACUUCAAUGGCAGUUACCAUGGGAAACUUCUUUCUGGGGGAAAUUGGAAAUUAUAUCCAAGUUACAGUGUAGAAGCAUUACCGCCACGUUUUAUACUUGAUAAAAACGGCCAACUCGAUUUAAAAAUAUAAUUUGCCUGUUUGAAAAA